UUAGACUACAAUAGAGAUGUCAUCUCAAUUUUCGGAAGAUUACCUAAUUGUUGCAGCCAUUGAUUUUGGGACAAGUUACUCAGGCUAUGCCUACUCCACUAGACACGACUUUAAAAGAAACCCAACUGAAGUUUCAGCAAACAGAUUGUUAUCUGGCAAUUACCAAUCCUUAAAAACACCUACAUGUAUAUUGUUCGAUUCAGAAAAGAAAUUUGACUCAUUUGGAUAUCAAGCCCAGAGUAAAUAUGCAGACUUGGCAUCAGAUGGUUCCAAAGGGUACAAAAAAUGGUACUUCUUUCAAAGAUUCAAAAUGAAACUAUACAAGACACAGAAGUUCAAGAACUUCAUGAUCAGUGACGAGAAUGGUAAGGAAAUGCUUGCACUAGACGUUUUCUCUUCUUCGAUAUCAUACCUGAAGAAUGAUAUGUUGGAGCAUUGCAAGAACCAGCUGACUGGUAUAGGAGAGAAUGACAUCAGGUGGGUUAUAACGGUUCCUGCCAUCUGGAGUGAAGCUGCAAAGUCAUUCAUGAGGAAAGCUGCAGAAAAGUGUGUUUGUGGAACAGUCGAUAUCACUGUCCAUCAAGUUGAAGAGGAUGGAAAAAUUAAAGAACUGAAGAUUUCAGCUGGCAACAAAUGGGGCGGAACAAAAGUCGACAAGGCAUUUUUUUCUUUCCUAGAAAGUCAGAUUGGAGGACAUUCCCUGAAGAAGUAUAAGAGGGAAGAAACAUGCGACUUUGUUGAAUUAUACCAGGAUUUCGAAUUGAAAAAAAGACAAUUAAAUGAAUCCAUUAAUUUGCGAAUUCCCUCUUCCUUACGAAGUCUGAUUAGUCAGUCCACCACCAAAUCAAAAUUCACGCUGAAAUUUUGGAAAAAAAGUGGUUCAGAGAAUAAAUUUAAUAAUGAUUCAGUAACUUUGAAAAAUGACAAACUAAAAUUGAAGAGCGAGGUAGUAUAUGGAUUCUUUGAAAAAUCGGUCGCUGAAAUUUGCAAACUUCUUGGAGACAUACUUAAAGCUACAAAAGCAGAUUACAUUCUUAUGGUUGGUGGCUAUUCGGAAUCAAAAAUACUCCAGGAUGCUGUCAAACAUGCCUUCUCGUCCAACUCACGAAUAAUUAUACCACGAGAAGCCAGUCUCUCCGUUCUAAAGGGGGCAGUUAUUUUGGGACAUGAUCCAACCAUUAUCAGGGAACGUAUUUGCAAGAACACAUACGGAGUUGUUUGUUCCACCCGAUUUGUGGAUGGAAUCCAUCCAAAUGAAUAUAAAUUUUGGAAAGACGGAAUGUGGUGUUGUGGAUAUAUUUUUCAAAAGCAAGUAACAGUUGGCCAAACAGUAGUCGUUGGUGAAUAUCAAACAGAAGACAUAUUGACGAAAUUUUCAGACAGCGAAGAUUUAUCUAUUGCAAUCUAUUUAUCCCCUAAUGAGGAUCCCAAGUACGUGACUGACCAAGGAUGCUCGAAAAUAGGUGUCUUAAAUCUGAAAGUUAAGGAUGGAAGACACCUUGGCAAUAGUAAAAUUAAGAUUGAGAUGUCUUUCAGUGGUACGGAAAUCCAAGCCAAAGCCACGUGUAUGGCAACGGGAGCGGUUGCUGUCGUCUACUUAGAUCACCCUCCUUAA